AUGCCAGGCUUCCUGGUACACGGUCCUCCAGGGAGGCUAUGCAUGAGCCUAGCAUGUGUCCUGUCCCUUUGGAACACAGUGUCCGCUAUUAAAGAAGAAGCAAAAAAGGAAAAGGCCAUAACCUUCCUACCUACAACAGUGUCUGGCCUUGGAGGAGAAGAGAAGAAGGAAAAGAGGGUGGCGUUUCUGGAUACCACAGAGUUGCCUGCAAGGGCGGUGGAUCUGUCAGAACUUAACCUGACAGAGCUGGUGAACGGGAUGCUGAGCAGAGCCUUGAAAGACAGCAAGAAGUUCUUCUCCUUGCUGAGCAUCACGUCCUACAGUUCCUUCGCCUUCCACAAGCUUUCUGUGACCAUUUACAACAUUUCUAACCUGAAGACGGUGGACCCAGCCAAAUUCCCCACGCGGUACUGCUACUGUUUAAACAAUCGGACCAAUGACCUAUCAGACUUCACAGCUCUACUGGUGGACAUCAUUGGAAAUUCUACCAGCUACCUCACAGAGAUUUUCAAGUCGACCUCCAUCCUUUCAGUGAGUCAAACAAAUGAAUCUGACUGCAUCUUCAUCUGUGUCAUGACAGGAAAGUCAGGAAGAAACCUUUCUGACUUCUGGGAGAUGGCAGAAAAGUCUCCUGUUAUCAAUUACACCUUUACCAGCAGCCUGUCUGGUGUUCUGGGUGAGUCAACCAGGGGGACAGCCGGGCCUUCAAAGCUCACACCCACAAGCCAGGAAACAGCACCAAGGACAAUCCCUCCACGCCGAGCCCAGAGCCCUGGCGUGUCUGCUCUGAGAACCUCUCCCUGGACAGAUCCAGCUCAUCCUUCAGAGGCGGGAGAGCAGACCAUGAACAUGAACAGGCUCCCUGAGCUUCACGCCAGGACUGCGGCUGCGCCGGGCCGCGCCAUUGCCACGCUCCCAGCCUUGGCUACCAGGAGAGUGGCCAGAACUCCAUGGGUGACAGCCAACAGGCGGGCCUGGGCUUCCACAUUACCCGGGCCCUGGGCUCAGACCAUCGGUGAGAAAACACCUGGAGGGCCUCCUUGGGGAAUACUUUCCUUUACAUCAACAUUGCCUGCAGAGGCCAAGGAGGUCAUGACCACAAGCGGCCCUACUGGGCCUCCUGCGAGGACAGCAGCCACACAUGGCAGCCCAUCCCAGACCAGCCCAACCUCAGGAACGCUCACCCCUGGCACACAGACUCCAAAUCCAACCAAGGCACCGGCCCCCAAAUAUCCACAGGCAGAUGAUCUCCUCGCAGCGUGGCCGUUUACCCCUGGAGAAGAGCCAGCCCUGGUCCCAGGACCCCACCAAGUUCAAGCUUCAAGGUGUCCUCAGAGGCUCCUCAAAGAGGAAGCCAUGACAGCUGCUCCUCUCACCGUGGCCACCCAGAAGCUCAACCCGUGCCUGAUGGAGCUGUGCCGCUUUUUCCAGCAGUGCCUCUGCAUGAGCCAGAGAAGGGACGUGAGGAUAGCAGCCAUGAGGGACUGUCUUGAAUACUAUUCCUGGUUUCUGAAGAAUGCAACAUACAUCUGUCAGAGGGUGAAAAGGGUAUCCCACUCACACACCUUAAAACAAACGUGCCUUGAGAAUAUCUGCAAGUCUGUGUGAGGCCUUGAGAAAACAAUGGGACCGAGCAAUACAUCGGGCUACGUCGCUUCACCCAGGCCCGAGUCGGCUGCGUUUGCAGAAUUCACCUAGGCUCCAGGUAGAUCAAUUAAUUGAAAGCGGUUCUUUUUGAAAAUAGCAUUUCUUUCUGUCCUGUGACUCUGCGGAAAUAUUGAAGGUGGGAGGCCGCCUGUCAGAAGCCUGACAAUGAAUGCAGUGAUGCUAACUCCCCUGCCUGCUCCAAGGUCACAGACACUUAAUAUCAAUGCUCAAGAAAUGU